AUGGUAGUUUUUACAAAAAAAUCCUUAGGCUCUCUUGCAGGCUUUGGCAACCCCGACCUUCUUCCUCCUGCAGAAUUACUUGCUGAAAUACCACACCAUGAAGACGAAGAUGUGGACGAUUGUACCGGUUGUGCCAAUCCCUGUGCAGACCAUAAAGCAUACCCCUCCAACCUCAAAAUCGAGCUUGAUUUCCCUAUUUUGGGGUCUGUGAAGCCUUACGGACGUCACAUCAUUAUUGCCACAGGAUGCUCCGACUGGCCAAAGCACAUUGAAGAUGACAAUGGCACAUUUGCUCAAAGUCUUUCGAACGCACAACGCACAAGUCAACCUUGGAAAAAUUUAAUGACGAAUUCAUCACUUGUUUCAAUCCAUUCAACCGUUCCUGAUUCAUGUGACGUAAUGAUCUUUCCCGAUAAUAUUAUUGUAUCCAAUGUUACAUCUGAUAAGGCACAGGAUUUUUACGACUUAUUUAUCGGUACUGCUUUACCCACACAACCCAUGGAUAUUGAAUUCAUGAAUAAGGAUGAUCGUUUGGGUGAAAUGCAUAUUAUCAAAAACCCCUACAAGACCUUGCUGCUUUUAUGUUCACAUCGAAAGAGAGACAAGCGCUGCGGUGUCACUGCCCCAAUUUUAGCCCAAGAGUUUGAUCAUGUGCUUCGAGAAAAGGACAUUAGCGAGCAUGAAGCUGCUGUAAUUAUGGUUAGCCAUAUUGGAGGCCAUAAAAUUGCAGGCAAUGUUAUUUGUUAUACCAACGAAGGUACAAGAGGUGUCUGGUACGGAAGAGUCAAAACUUGCCAUUGUCGUCCAAUUGUAGAGGAAACCGUCAUUAAGGGCAAAAUCAUCAAAGAUAUCUACCGUGGUGCUAUGGACAACAGUUUUGAAAAACAAACAAAGCGAUCCAUUUUAAACUGGUAG